GCGUUCACCAGCGAUCAGCUUGCCCGUCACUUUUAUACCACGAUGCCCGUCCCGACAGAGUUUGCUAUCUCCGUUCAGUCUGAAGACCCCCAGAAGAAGAAAGACGAGAAAGAUGGUGAAAAGGACAAGCAGGAAGGCUCGUCAAAACUGAAGAAGGAUGGGAAGGAGGUGGAAGGGGAAGAGCUGUCAGAAGAAGACAUUCAACUGCGUACUGAGCUGGAAAUGCUUGUUGAACGGUUGAAGGAAUCGAAUACGGACCUCUAUCGACCAGCCUUGGAGACGCUCAGGACACUUAUUAGGACCUCUACUUCAUCGAUGACAUCCGUCCCUAAACCCCUCAAAUUCCUUCGCCCACAUUAUCCUGAACUGCAAAAGCUAUAUGACACAUGGCCUGCAUCUGAAGACAAGAGCUUGUUCGCAGAUAUUAUGUCUGUUCUUGCCAUGACCUAUUCGGACACGCAACCUCGUGGCACCCUCCGCUACCGUCUUCUAUCAGCUUCCCUACGUCCAGCCAAUUCUCCUCUCGCUGAUCCAGGCACCUGGGGCCACGAAUACGUUCGCCACCUCGCGGCUGAGUUGGGUGAAGAGUUUGUAGCACAAGAGCAAGGAGAUCUUGAGCCACCAGAGAAAGGUAAGGAGAAGACAGAGCCCAUUGGUACCAUUGAACAACUGCGUGCCAUUGGAAGAGAGUGUGCUGUCUUUCUCCUGGCUCACAAUGCCGAACCCGAUGCUGUUGAUCUCUUGGAGGAACUGGAAAUCGUGGACCAGAUUGCAGCUCUGGUGGACGAAAACACUUAUGGACGAGUGUGCCAGUAUAUGGUUCGGUGUGUAAACCUCCUUCCUCCACCCGACGACACCUUGUUUCUGCAAACAGCGCAUGCUAUAUAUGUGCAACAACACAAGUUCCCUGAGGCUCUUGCCUUGGCAAUUCGAUUGGGUGACCCUGCCCUCGUGCGAGAAGACUUUAAUGCUCCAGGGAACCCUCUAAUGCAACGGCAGCUGGCAUUUCUCCUUGCGCGCGCCCAAGUUCCUCUGGAAUGGCUUAAACCAUCCAUUGAAGUGGGUGAGGGUGAGGAUACCGACUUGGACGAACUACCCGAAGAUCUCGUAGAGUGUCUAAGCAAUACCCAUUUGAGCACUGAUUUCCGGCUAUUUGGUAGAGAACUAGGCGUUCAGGAUCCAAAGAGUCUUGAAGACGUCUAUAAGACGCAUCUGGAGCAUACUCGUCCUGGGGUCCAACCUAAUGUGGAUUCUGCUCGUGCCAACUUGGCUGGUACAUUUGUUAACGCAUUUGUCAAUGCUGGGUUUGGAAAUGACAAGCUUAUGGUAGAGGCCGAAGAGGGUAACAGCUGGAUUUACAAGAACAAAGAUCAUGGCAUGAUGAGCGCUGCCGCUUCUCUUGGUCUGAGUUUGCUAUGGGAUACUGACCUGGGUCUUACUCACAUUGACAAGUAUACGUAUUCAUCGGAGGAGUACAUAAAGGCUGGUGCACUUUUUGCCACGGGUCUUCUAAACUGCGGUAUUCGAACAGAAGCAGAUGCCGCCAUGGCACUUCUCGGAGAGUACGUGGAAAACAAGUCUUUACCCCUCAAAACCAGUGCCAUAAUGGGUCUCGGAGUUGCCUACGCCGGGUCACACCGGGAAGAUAUCCUGGAGUUGCUACAACCCCAUAUCUCGGACGACAGUGCGACUAUGGAACUUGCCAGUCUUACUGCCUUAUCUCUCGGGUUUAUCUUUGUGGGCAGCGGGAAUGGCGACUUGACCGGGACGAUCCUGCAGACACUAAUGGAACGAGCCGAAAGGGAGGACAAGGGAUUAGAUGAGAAGUGGGGCAAGUUCUUCGCGUUAGGCUUAGGGUUGCUAUAUCUUGGCUUGCAAGCUCAAUCUGAUGCGACGUUAGAAACGCUUAAAGCUAUUGAUCACCCGCUGUCCAAGACUGCGCAGAUUAUCGUCGAGGCUUGUGCCUUCGCUGGAACUGGAAAUGUGCUCAAAGUUCAAGGGAUGCUGCAUCAGUGUGACGAGCAUAUUGUACCUGUCAAGGAAGAGAAGAAGGAAGAAGAUAACAAGGACAACAAGGAGGAGACCAAACAGGAAGUCAAACAGGAUGAUACCUUCCAGGCCUUCGCUGUCAUCGGUGUCGCCCUCAUCUCGAUGGGCGAAGAUAUUGGUGCUGAAAUGUCACUAAGGCAGUUCAACCACCUGAUGCAUUACGGCGAGCCAACAAUACGGAAAGCUGUCCCACUUGCUAUUGGUCUUGUCAGCGCCUCAAAUCCUCAGCUCCCAAUUCUCGAUACGCUCUCAAAAUACAGUCAUGACAACGACCUCCAGGUCGCGAUUAACGCUAUCUUCGCGAUGGGUCUUGUUGGCGCUGGUACGAAUAACGCACGCCUCGCGCAAAUGCUGCGUCAACUGGCUGGAUAUUACCAUAAAGAACCUGAUUGUCUCUUCAUGGUACGAAUAGCGCAGGGUCUCGUUCAUAUGGGCAAGGGGACCAUUGGCAUCAAUCCUUUCUUCUCAGAUCGGAGCAUCAUGAGUCGACCUGCUGUCGCUGGGCUGUUGGCCACACUGACGGCAUUCACUGAUUCAAAAGGAUUCAUCCUUGACAAAUACCACUGGAUGUUAUACUUCCUCACGCCCGCAAUGUAUCCUCGUUUCUUGAUUACACUGGACGAACAACUCAUAAGUACUCCUGUGACAGUCCGUGUUGGUCAGGCUGUCGAUGUCGUUGGACAAGCCGGAAAACCCCGAACUAUUUCCGGCUUCCAGACUCACCAAACACCAGUCCGACUGGGAACGAUCGAGCGCGCUGAGCUUGCAACAGAGGAGUUCAUACCUUUCAGUCACGUACUAGAAGGUUUCGUCAUAUUGCAGAAGAACCCUGGCUGGGAGAAAGAAGAUAAAAUGGACAUAUAAUGAUUUCUCAGUCGUAGACAGCGCAAAUCUAACGAAUAAUUAUCCACUCUGGAAAUGCCAUUCAGACUAUGUUCACAGAUGAUGCAUAUGAAAAGGAAGAAAAUGUAUAAUGCUAACUGAUGGUUGGUGGCUACGAUAUACACAGGAAAGCCCGAUGGAAUGGAUUGGAAAACAGGUAGAAG